AUCACCAACGGGGCCGCUCGCGUUUGCCGGGCGCUCGCGGUAAGCAACGAGGGAUGCACGCGCUCCCCGGGCGCGCGCCGUCACCAAUGGUGGGCGGCUCGCACUCUCGCCGGAGGAGAAGCGAAACCAGGUUUGGGCUGGGUCGAGGAGGAGGAGAGUGAGGUCGGUGGGCUGGUUGAAUGUUGGCGGCGUCUCCUCCUGCUGCCGCCGCUCUUUUUGCUUUCGGGACGGUCUCAGCCAUGGGUCGUUAUCCUGCUGCUUGGGCGCUCCUCCUGCUCCUCGUCCCCUGUUCGGGGUCUGCCUACUCGGUGGCCGAGACAGACACAUUGGCAGUCAUCGUCUUCCUUACAGAUGACCCCCGCCCACCAGCUGGGGGAGGUGAGGUGAAGACUCAGGAUAGAAGCAUUGGUUACUAUGACACCACAUUGCCGAGACCACAGUUUCAUGUGGCCAGCUUAGAACCAUUCCGUGCCAUUAUUGAAGAGCUGUUGGCAGAAGAUAAGGACAGCGUGAUCGUAUUUGGAAAGAAGCUGAUGGAUGAAGCGAUGUUGUUAACCAAAAACUCGCUUCCCUCAAAUGAAAUCGGUGAGCUCUUUCUGUACUCAGAGAAACCAGCUGUCAUCGGAGAGGUAAACACUUUGACCUGUUUCGUCAGCGGCUUUUUCCCACCGACCGUGAUCGUAACAUUACAGAAGAACGAGCAGCCUGUCAGUGGCGAAGUUAACUCCUCACACCUCUCAUUUGGCAAAGAUUGGCGAUUUCAGGUGCUCCACUACACAUACAUCCAGCCAGCAGACGGUGACAUAUACUCUUGUAGAGUGCUCCAUAACAUCACCAAAGAGGAAAGAGUAAUUUACUGGGAACCGGAACAGCAAAGUAGUGCUGAAGAAAUGGAUACAAGCCAGCUUGCUGUUUUGAUCUGUGGACUGAUUAUCGGAAUACUUGGCACAGCAGUUGGACUCUCCUUAUGUUUUUGUUCGCGACUGUCUGGCUGCAACUCUUGGAUAGUCGGGAUCAAUCCCUCUUCUCAGUGAGAAAUGGAUCUGCAAUGUUUCACAGUGGUCUGUCCCUUGCUCUGUCGCAAUUAUGUGCACUCAGAUUUCUGAAUAUCAUUCUCUUCAGUAUUAGGUUUGAAAUUCUGUAUUUCAUCUGUCAGUCGUCCAUUUGCAUGCAUUGUCUGGUUUAUACAACAGCAAUCUCCUUCAGAUAGAUAAGGUCACAGGUAGGGUGGGUCAUAAAACGAAUGGCUCAUUCUCUUUCAUAAAUCAAAGUAUUCAGUAGAGGAGUUGGGAUGUUAUGUUGAAGUUGUACAAUACACUGGUGAAGCCUAAUAUGGAGCAUUGUUGUGUUCAGUUCUGGUCGCCUACCUACAGAAAAGAUUUCAAUAAGAUUGAAAGAAUGCAAAGAAAAUUUACAAGGAUGUUGCUGAAAGUUGCAGGACUAGAUUAGAGGAAAGGUUGGAUAGGUUAAGACUGUAUUCUUGGAGCACAGGAAACCAAAGGAGUUUUGAUAGAGGUGGACAAAGUUAUGAGGGGUGUAGAUGAGCUAAUUGUAAGCAGGCCUUUUCCACUGAGGUUAGGUGAGUCCAGAACUAGAGUUCAUGGCUUAAGGUUGGAGUGAAAUGUUAGGGGAAUUAAUUUGCUAAGGAAAUUCAAGUCAAGUUGGUCACAAAUACAUUUUACACGGAUUUCCAAGUGACUAGAGAAUAUCUUCAUUCACAAAUAAGGAAGAAUGAUUCACUAACAGUGAGAUCGCCAAGUUUUCCAAGGAAAAAUAGUCAUAUCCUUUUUUCAUGCUUACACACAGAAAGUCAAUUACAUCAAAGUUAAAAGAAGUGCAAUUGUGCCGCAGGGUGGCCCAAAACUUCGACUGUAAUUUUUUUCCAUAGAUGCUGCCUGGCCUGCUGAGUUUCUCCAGCGUUUUGUGGAUUAUUGCAAGUGUGCUGAGAGCCCAGGCCGAAUGCUGAAUCUUUAUUUAUGAUCUAUAGAUGGUUAACUAAAUCCUAAGAUCCAGUAAGUUGUUAAAGUAGAAAGAUAUAAUUUGAUUUUUAUGUUUGUGAGGGAAUAAACAGGACACUUCUUAGCCUGAGAGAUUGCAAGGGUCCUCCCUGCAAUUUAUGACCUUCACUGUCUUCUUUACACAGCUGUGUUAUGCACUAAGGCCAGCACUAGCGAUAUUGCUAAUUAAAUGAAGGUGCAGGAUGUUAACAACUCAGAUAUUUUAACACUUUAUUUAUAAUUUUCUUCCACACUCUCUAUUUUAGCCCUUCUGCUCUGCUGUGCCGCAAAGCCACCGUAAACCACUUCCUUACCACCGGUUUCUCUAUUUUCACUUCUCUUUGUAAAGUAAAUGUGGUGUAUUUCUUUACGUAUGACCAUUACUGUUGUUGUAACUUAAACUUAAUCAUUAUCUCAGUGGAUUCGCUGUAAAUCUAAAAAUAAAUCUGCAUUGUUUGUGGAGAAUAAAAGAU